UACACAUUAACCUGUUGGACUGGCUUCAGAUCAACAGAAGUCGUCGAAUAAAGAAGACACGUAUAGGCUCUGAAGCCUUAACAGGCUUUAAAAAUGGGACUUUUUCUAGUUUUGUGCUCGGUGUUUCUGCUAGGUGCUGCUGUACCUGCCUGGAGCGAAAAACACUCUCUGUACUACAUAUAUACAGCUUUAUCCAAACCUGUCGAGCGGACGGGCAUCUAUCAGUUCACUGCUAUGGGUCUGCUAGAUGACAGAGAGAUCGACUAUUACAAUAGUGAAGGACAGAGAAAGAUUCCCAAACAGGACUGGAUGAAGGAAAAAAUGCAGGAGGAUUACUGGGAGAAAGGCACCCAGUCCAGAAAGAGCAAAGAACAGUGGUUUAAUGUGAACGUCGACAUUUUGAUGAAACGCAUGAGACACAAUGAAUCAGAUGUUCAUGUUCUUCAGUGGAGACAUGGUUGUGAAAUUGAGAAACAGGGAGAUGAAGUAAAAUUUUCCAAAGGCAUUGAUGAGUACAGCUACGAUGGAGAUAACUUCCUGUCUUUUGAUGAUAAGGAGUCUCAGUGGGUCGCUCCUGUUGAUGCAGCUCUACCAACCAAGAGAAAGUGGGAUAAUGUGCCCAUCCUAAACCAGUACACCAAGGGCUACCUGGAGAAAGAGUGUGUGGACUGGCUUAACAAAUUCAGAGAAUAUGGAGAUGAGGAGCUCAGAAACGGCUCUCCUCCAGAAGUUGAUGUGUUUGCAAAAAGGUGCACCAGUGACAAAACCAAAGUCAAACUCUCCUGUUUUGCCACUGGCUUUUACCCCAAAGAUGUGAUAUUGAGCAUCAGGAAAUAUCGCUCACCCCUGCCUGAAGAGGAGAUUGUAUCCUCAGGAAUCAGACCAAACCAUGAUGGGACCUUCCAGCUGAAGAAGAGUGUGAUUAUCCAGGAGGAUGAAAAAGCAGAAUAUGAUUGUUUUGUGUCUCACAGAACCCUCCCAGUGCCAAUUGUCAUUAAAUGGGAUGGAAAAUGCCCAGACUGCACUGAAGGGAAUAUGAUGAGUUUGGUGAUUGGAGUAGUGAUUGGAGUCGUGCUUAUGCUGGGAGUCGGUGGAUUGAUUUUCUUCUUAAAGAAGAGGAGAAACUCUGGACAACAGAGGGCUAAUAACAUGACAAGUAAUAUUGGAAAUCCAACUGAGAUGCCUAAGACAAAAAUAGGAGGAGGUUCUGACUCUGACUCUGGAAAAGGAAGUUCUGAUCCAAGUCCAGACGGCAGUUCCACUAGCUCUCAGGAGUCAGUGAUCCUCAUGAGUAAGACCUCCACUGGUCAAAACCAGCCUUCAGAAGGACAAGCACUUCUAAAAUAACAGUCUCCAGAGUGAGAGCAUCACUGAAUGGCAGAUCUGUGGCAUUUGAUAUCAACAACUCUGACAGUUCUGACAAUCAUAAUAUUUUUGGAGACUGCUUGUAGUUAAAUAAAUUCUCUCAAUUUUCAUAUAAUCUGGAAAUGUUUAAACACUGCUUGAGAAAAUUAUGUUUUCCAGAUUAAAUUAUUAUUGCUACUUCUAAAGGCUCAUGGUAGACACUUGUUUCAUCAUAUUUGAUAUUUUCAAUACUAUCAUUAAAAAUAUUUGAUAGUUUCAAUACCAGUGAAACCAAUGAUCUAAUUUACUAACAAUUAUCUGGAAUACUCUAUAAAAAAGAGAUAUAUUAUUAUUUUAUACUCUUGAAUGUCUUACUCUUCAAAAGUUGUUAAAAUUGUGAUUGUUUUACCUCAGCUGAUUUAUUUUGUUUUAAUGCACUUCAUUUACUCAGGCAAUGAUCACUUAAAAUCAUUCUUCAUGAUACCAAAUGUAUCGGUGGUAUCAAUGAAUGCCUGGUGGUAAUGUGGGAUCUACUUAUUCUUGGUACAGCCUCAUGUUUUGAUAUUUCUAUAAAUGUGUGAUAUCUGAAUCUGUUGAAUACAUUGUUUAUUUGUUAACAUUUUGAAAACUCCAAAUAAAAUCAAUUGGGAUUACUUGGGAGAAAGAA